AUUCCGUGCAAAUUAAUUAAUCUACAUUGCAAGUUGAGACUUGAGAGUGAUAAAAGUGUUUUACUACAUCACUAGAAACAGGAGGUGAAAAUGCAAAGUUUGGUCUUGUUUGUCUCAGCACUGGUUGCUGUGUUUGGUAUUACUUAUGCCCAAGACAACAACUACACAGAGGAGUAUAACUGGAAUGGCACACUAAGUAUUCCUGUAGAUGGAAGACAGGCCAUUGAAAGUGGUAGAAUUUAUGUUCAGCUUCCAAGCAGCUCCACUCCAAUUGAUAUCAGAAUACGUGAGAAUGUUAGUGUGACUCUGGAUUGUGGCCAUUUUGUAACGCUAAACAAAUCGAAUACAUUAUGGAGGUUGAGAAAAAGAAACUUUGAUGGUGAUCUGGAAUCUGCUAAUUCUCUCAUAUCAAAAAUUUAUCCUGAUGACGGAAUUAAAAUCUUUGGAGCUGGUACUAACAACAGCAACAGGUUUUUACAUGUAGCUAAUCCAACACUAGCUUCAAGAACUGAGCAAUCAAAUGUUGGAGAGUUUGAAUGUUAUUUUUGUUAUUAUGAACACAACCCAUUAACUGGUAAUCAGGAGCAUAAAUGCAACAUUCAUAAAGCUGAUAUCAAUAUAAUAGGUUCUCAGCCAUUGAUGAAUCGUGCUACAAUGUUGCCUUUAAAUUUGAUAAGAAUAGGAACCAAAAUUUGCAUUGAUCCACAAUCUCCAGUAUUUGAGGUCAGAGUGGUAUGUGCUCAGAUUGGAAGCAUUAAUCCUGAGCCAUCCUCAUCUUACACAUUUAAUAAUCAACCCAUAAGUACUGCCUAUUCUUUCAAAAGCCAUUUCUUCAUAAGCCAAUUUAUUUUUGAGACUGGAUUAAACAAUUUGAUACAUGUCUAUCCUGAACUCUUGAUGGAAAAGAAUAUGCAAGGUCCAUUAAACUGCGUCCUUCAAAAUCGUUUUGGAAAUGAUUCUGAAACAACAAAGAUAUUGUACAAUGUGACAGCUACAUUUACUGGUUUUAUUAAUGGUGAAACAAAUAGAUCUACACAGUGUCCAUAUGGCUAUUCUCCGAAUACUUUAUGCCCUCGAAUUGGACAGCAAGUCAAUUUAAAUUGUUCUACAAAUUAUAACAAUCCUUACAAUGUGAUCUUUCCGAACUCCAGCAUUGUUACUAAUAGGAAUUUGAGCUUCAUUAUGAAGCCUACUGAUUUCGGCUCGUAUACUUGUACUAGUUGCAAUGACUGCAAUGAAGUAUCUAACACAAUUGUAUUUAAAAAAAGCAUAUGUGAUCUUCCUAAAGAAUCUGGUCCAUGCUUGGCAUAUUUUGAGAGGUGGUAUUAUAAUGGAAGAUCAGGUCUCUGUGAAAAAUUCAUUUAUGGUGGCUGUAGAAGUAAUAGCAACAACUUUAUGACACUGAGUGAUUGUCUACAGACUUGUGCUGAAGGUAAUAAAACAUGUCCUGGAGAUGUGGAUAUUGUUGAGUGUUAUUCUGAUCCUUGUCAAACUUCUCAUUGCACUAACUAUGAGGAUGCUGUCUGCAUACCUAACCAUUGUGGAGAAUGCUCUGCUCAUUAUUACAACAGUUCUGGACACAAUGUUACAAUGAUGUGCAAUAAUUGCCCACCAGAAAAACCAGCAGUUAGGUGUAUUACCAAUCCUUGUGAUCAUGAAACAUGUCCAAACUUGCCUCCAACUAAAUGUCAGUUGGAUGUGUGUGGAUCCUGCAUGGCACAUCAUUACUUGAAUGGUACUGAAGUAACUGAUAUUUGCAAUGCAUGUCCAGCUGAUGGCCAGAUAUUCAAAAACUGUGGUGGCUCAUGUGAGAGGACGUGUGAUGAUGUACUGUCACAGGAUCCUUUUAUUUGUGAUGUACAUUAUUGUGUACCUGAUUGUGGAUGCCCUGCAGGACAAGUAUUGGAUAAAUCAAACCAAAGGUGUGUAUAUCCAGACCAGUGUCUCUGUACAGGUCAAUGUGAUCCAAUACCCAAUAACUGCUCAAGUAUAUCUUAUGAUGAAUGCAACUGUAGCAUAUGUCAAGAUUGCUCUAUCGAUGGUCAGCUGUAUCACAAAGAGGAAGCAAGCUGCCCAAAGACUUGUUCUAAUCGUUAUCUCUUAUGCAGUGGUGAUACAAAGCCUGGCUGCUCUUGCCCAGAGGGUCAAUUGAUUGACGAAAUGAAAAAUCAGUGUGUUAAUCCUGAUGAUUGCUCCAAAGUUAAUCCAUGUACAUUAGAUCCUCAGCCAGGGCCAUGUACUGCUAGUAUAACAAGAUACUAUUAUAAUUACACUACUGAGACAUGUCAAGAGUUUACAUACAGCGGUUGCUUUCCUAAUGAAAAUAACUUCCUUACUCAACAUGACUGUGAAGAAAAAUGUAGUGAUUGCUAUCCAGUUUGUACUCGUGAAUAUUGUUUUAUUAAUAGAAGAGCAACAUGUUCUCUACCUUCAUCAUUGCCUGGUAGUGUUAAAGAAUGCCCAGGAGGAUGUACCAUAUCCAAUUGUGGUGCAUGCUAUUAUUCAUAUAAUGAUCUUCCAAUCCCAAAUGUUUUCAGGGGUUGUCCAACACAUUGUCCAGUAACUAAUACUACAGUGGAUGAGUCUUGUAUGCAAUUUUGGGGAACUUGCAUUGAGAUGGCUUACAAUCAGUUAUACGAAGAUGUGCCAACACAUGAGAAAAUAAAAGAUAACUUUCGAUGCUGGGAACAUCCUUGCCACAUUCCAUAAAAUUUUACUAUUUUUGGUUUUUGGUUUUUGACUCUACCUUUAUAGGUUUUAGUAAUUUAAUUUUUUUUUGUGUGAUUCAUUACAUCGAUUACAACCAAUUGCACUUUUGAUAGUCUACUGAAAA